GUUUAGUGCAUUAAUCGCUUGCGAGAUUUGUUUACCGCGUGCCGCUCUGUUUUUAUCCCGAAAAUUUUGUAAAAUGAUCAUUUUACGUACAGACGAAACAGCAAUUGCAACUGAAGAUACUAACGACAAUCCUGUGCAUGCGAUGGAAUCAAUACGAUGUCGUUUAUGCCACUUGCGAACGAGCCCGGACACGGAAUCUCCCAAUAUUUACGAGUCGACUGUAGAUUGUGGCCGGCAAGAUUGCGAAAAUAGUGAAUACGAGAAGCUCCUCAUAGUGGAUGUCUGCCAAAGUGUAUGGGGUGUAAAGUACGAGCGACAUGAGUUCCUCCCCGAACUCAUCUGUGCCAACUGUCUUGAAAUGCUGAAAGACAUCUACGAGCAGCGGAAAGGAAUGCAACAACGAGAGUCUGAGCUGCAGCAAGAUUUGAAGAAUAUCAUUAAUCUGGAUGCCAAAUAUCGACCCGGCUUGAAUGGCAAUCCCGGUGUAUUCGAAUUUGGGGAAGGCGAAGAAGCCUGUGUCAUUGUAGACGUUGAUCCAGAUCAACUGUGCGAGACGAGCGAUGAUGAGUUCCUUGGCUCCGAUGGCGAAGCUGAUAUUGAGGAUGAGGAGUGGGACGAAGAGGACGAGGAAGAAGCACAAAAUGAUGAAGAUGUUGAAAUGCCACUCGGCAUGGAUGCGGCUCAAAUGGCGCUGAUGCAAGCGCAUCAAAACGUGGAUACCAUGGGCAAUGCCAGUGCGCAUCCAAAGAGCGCGUUUCUCUGCCAAUAUUGUGACCUGGCCUUCACACUGGAGCAGGACUGCCAGCAGCAUGAGGUGGGAUCGCACGAUCCCACAGCGCCGUACUGUUGCAACUACUGCCAACUGCGACUGACAACGCGACCCGCUUUGAUAGCGCAUAUCAAGGAACUGCACGACGCGGAGCGACCUUAUGUCUGUGCACACUGCAACAAGGGAUUCGUGCGUCGAUCGGAUCUGAAGAAGCACACAAUUGUACAUACGGGUGUAAGGCCUUUCUCGUGCCACGUCUGCUCCAAGAGUUUCUCACGCAACACCAAUCUAACCAAGCAUUUGCGGAUUCACAGCAGUGUAAAGCCAUUUGUUUGCCAGAAGUGUCCACGUUCAUUUCAAUCGGCGCUGGAACUGACAAAGCACGCACGCUCCCAUGCCGAGGUCAAGCCAUUCCAAUGUGAUCGCUGUUCCACCUCCUUUGCGCGCAGGGAUAAGCUAUUGAUGCACCAGCAGAUGCACAUCAGACGUGAUGCGGAGCAGCAACAGCAAAAUGCUCGAAUUAACAUGGGUAUAACGCCGGAGCAGGUGCAACUGCCACUGCAUCCUUAUGUAGAUGCCGAUGCAGCUGGUCAGCAAUUACCCUUCGCCUAUCAACAGCAGGUGACGCCGCCGCCCAAGAUGAAGUCAGGACGCGGCUUUCGUUGCACCGUUUGCGAUAGAAGUUUCCAGCGCGAACGAGAUCUACAGCGACAUCAGGCUCUCCAUAUGGACACACUGUUUGCCUGCAAGCUCUGUGGACAGGGCUUCAAUCGUCGGGAGCAGUUGCAACGCCACGAGCUGGAGGCUCACGGUCCCAGCUACACCUGUUCGAUUUGUUGCAUAUCUUUUCUGCAGCAGGCUGAUCUGGAAACUCAUCUGAAAGUCCACGAACUGCAGCACAGCGUGGCCAAAAGCACUCAGGAGGCGUUUAAUGCCGCAGCCGUGUUGCCAUUGCCACAUUCGGUGACCGAGCAGACCAGAGUGGUCAGUGUGCCACCUGUUGCACAAGAGUUAUCAUUCUAUAGCAACAUGAUACCUACUAUGAAUCUGGGCUUCUACAGCGAGACACGGCCCGAAGAACGUAAUGGAAUUUGAGGAUAAAAAUUUCAAACAAUUGACAAUUUUAAGCUAAGCGGAAAAAUGUACUGUAAUUUUUAAUUGAUAAACUAAAUCACAUUUUUAAUCUAUUAUAUCAUGUAAUGCAAAAAAUUAUGCUAAAUGAAUAAAUUUACUGUAAUUUUUAAUCGAUAAA